AAUGAUGAGUAAUAAAAUGAAUGCCAAUGAAAUAAACACCGCGUCAGCGGAGAAGCAGCCCGAAAGGGCAAAAGUGCGAGAGGGUGUGAAACCAGCCGGUGGACCCCCGACCGUGCUAAUAGAAGGAGGAACUCGGAGCACUGACGAGGAACUCCUAGCACCGAAGCAAGGAAGAUCCGGACAGGGUACCCCAGAUGUCCUUAUGCUGGGGAGCCUGACACUGGAAGAGGACGAGCUGUUGCGGUCACCACCGGGGGGGAAAACCGUUAGGGAAGUCAAACCGGUGUUGGAAGGACAGUUUCAUAAGUAUGAGUCGAAGGCACAGAAGAAGAGGGCAAAGCUGCUUAGGAGAAAGGCUGCGCUUGCGGGGGAUGGGGGUGGCAUUCCCGAGAUUAAAAUGGGGGCUGCCAAACCUGGCCCGGACAAGCGCGGUCUGAAGGUGAAGAGGCAAAGUACGGAUGAGGGUCGCUCAGAGCGUCCCCCGGCGAAGCGCCCCAACCAAGGCAAGGCAGUCGCUGACGGACCACGGAGCGUAGCUAAGGCGUACCGUGGUCUGGCAGUGGCUGUGUGCCGAGAGGAUGGUGCUUCGGUGGACGAGGCUCUGGCGAAGCUCAUCAGGAAGAGGCUUACGCACCUGAUCGAGGUGGUCGUCCUAAAGGUAGUGAGGGGGGAGCCUGGCUUAGUAGCACCGAGAUUUGCUACGUCGGGGUUGGUGUCAGAAGGGUUUUUCCUGGUGACACCAAAAACGGCGGAGUCGAGGGAGUGGCUACUAAAUCAGGACUUCGGAGAGUUGGACGGCCACCGGAUCAUCUCGCGUAAGCUGGAGCAGAAUAGGGUGCAGGUUUGGGUUCCGGGAGAUACGGACACUGAACACGUAAAGGAGUUCCUUUUUGCGCAGAAUCCCGAUCGGCCGGAACUCAAAAUUCUGGACUGGAAGGCAGUAGGUAGGGAGGCUCUAGAGCUAGGGACCCGUCUGACCUAUACGGUUCCGGAUGGAGUCGAGGAGAGCUGGGGGCCGGAAAAGACCAAGGUACUGGACUUUUCGGCUACCAGUGUACGAGUUCGGAUUCUGAGGGCCAAUUCAAAUCAACAACCCUCAGAAUCCAAACCAGAAGGGACGACAGGAGAACCCGUGCUGAAGCAGGAGAGCGCAAAAACCGACGAUGUCUAUACAGGAGGAGAGGAGGGUAUGGAUGUCGCCGGCGUUGAACUCUCCGAGUAGCAGCUCGGGGACAACUACACUACACACUGAAUGAAAAAGAAGGGCGACACAAAGGGAACACUACACAAUAACACACACACAAAGACACACACAAGAAUAUGCCAAGUAAACCUCCAACAUUGCAAGGACGCAAUGUCCGAGUUAGGACAGUAUGUUAGGAGGGCCAAAGUAGACAUAGCACUGCUGCAAGAACCGUAUGCAUGGAGGAAUCAGGUGUCAGGCCUGGGACAUCUGGGGGGAGCUCUCUACUAUGAACAUAAUGAGACCUUGUUGCGGUGGAAACUCACUUCAUAGAGGAUGAUGGGAGAAGAUACAAGGUGGCGCUAGCGUCCUGCUACCUGCCGGGCGAUGGAGUGGCACCAACAAAGGAACUAGAAGAAAUGGUACUGUGGUACAGAG